GGACCAUGUGCUGCUAUGUGUGCCUGAAGUACUUGAGAUGCAAAUUUGGAGAGACCUUGCCAUCUAAAUGCUGGGCUGGAUUAAGCGCCUAAUUAGGAUGGUUUUUCAACAGGUUGGAGGAAGCAUGCAGUCGAUAAGAAGAACUGCUCCUGCACAGUGAGCCUGUGGAUUCAGUGACAGUGUCUGUGAAACACCCAGCACAGUGGCUUACACAUGGUGUAGGUCCGUUCAGUACUGCUGAGUUUCCCAUGGUUCUGCUCUGUCAUCCUCCCGCCCCACUCAGGCGAAUGUGACUGGUGCUGAUUGAGGCCAAAGCGCAGAAUUUUGUUUCAGGAACAGAUAACACACUUUAUUUAGCUUGUUCUUUUGUUUCGCUUUGUUCAUUUUGAGCUGUAAAACGGGUGCCUUUCAUCAAAGAAUGGACCGGGUACUUUGGUCUGGGAAGCCAUAUGGUUCAUCUCGCAGUAUCGUAAGGAAAAUUGGUACUAAUUUAUCUUUGAUCCAGUGUCCAAGAGUUCAGUUUCAGCUUACCAGCCCUCCAACAGAAUGGAGCCCCAGCUACCCAGGAGAGGAUGCAGUGGCAUCUUUUGCUGAUGUUGGAUGGGUAGCCAAAGAAGAAGGAGGGUGUUCGACAAGACAAAGGUCAGAGGUCAGGUCAAGGCAGCCCCUUCAGGAUGACCUUCCUUUCCCUGAGAAGCCCCCGAGCAGGUGCUUUUCCUUACCAAACGCAGCUCCAGAAGAGCCUCAGCUGAAAACGACGACACUGGCGAACGAGGAAGCGCUGCAGAAGAUCUGUGCUCUUGAAAAUGAACUUGCUGCUCUCAGAGCUCAGAUUGCCAAAAUCGUGACCCUACAGGAACAGCAAAAUCUCACUGCAGGUGAUUUAGAUUCUGCCGCAUCUGUGACCACAGCACCACCCUCUGUCCCACCACCUCCCCCUCCGCCACCUCCCCCGCCCCUCCCCCCACCAGGGCUCCACCAAAGUGUGUCUGCUAUUGAGCUGAUUAGAGAGCGAAGAGAGAAGAAAGCCUGUGCUGGAAAGACAGUGGUUAAGAACAGUCCAAAGAAACCUGAUAUGCCAAAUAUGCUAGAGAUCCUUAAAGAUAUGAACAGUGUAAAGCUUCGGUCGGUAAAAAGGCCAGAACAAGAUAUAAAGCCCAAACCAGUAGAUGCUGCUGACCCAGCUGCCCUCAUAGCAGAGGCUCUGAAGAAGAAAUUUGCUUAUCGCUAUCGGAGCGAUAGCCAAGGUGAAGUUGAAAAAGGAAUUCCGAAGUCUGAGUCAGAGGCCACCUCAGAAAGAGUAUUGUUUGGGCCACACAUGUUGAAGUCUACAGGAAAAAUGAAGGCUUUAAUUGAAAAUGUUUCAACUUCCUAACAGACAAUGAGCUGAGAAAGACUAUCCUGGUUCAGCUGUUGGUUUGUUAGGGCUCUUUGGCUGGUAGAAAUCAACACUAUUUAGUAAAUACCUGAAUUUAGUAUUCAGUGCUGCCUUUAAAAUUGAAUUAGAGGAUUAAGCAAUAACAGAAGCACUCAAAGUUGUGUUUGCUUUUAUGAGAAGGUCGGUUCUUAAGUAUUCCGUGGCAUGUGGAUAUUCUGACAGAACAUGUUUUUAAUGUGUUGCCAGGAUGUUAGGUUUCCAGGCUUGAAAAAAUUACAUAGACUUCAGAACAAAGAAAGGACAUUUGUAGAUGUGAGUUUUUAAUUCUGAACACUAAUUUAUCUGUGCAAGUGUUUUAUAUGCAUACAUUUGGAUAUAGAACAGUCUGUGUAAAUGUAGUGAUAACAGCACUGAGGGUACUGUCAUCCUUCGUCCUCAGUGAUCACUUACUAUUCAACGAUGGGACAGCUGGGACAACACAAGUGGUUGGAGUGAAAUAUUUGAGAUUAGAAUCUUCUUGCCUUGAACAAAACUUCUAUCUUAGAUUCUCUCUCACAUUUUCUUAGAGAUGGGGUUUGAGUAGGAAGUGGAUAAUGUUCACUGCUGAAAUCCCAUGCUCCCCUUUAAAGGGCCACCCGGACCGGGAGAGCAGCCUCACCUCAGUGCCAUCCAGUGCUGAGGAAGGAAGUAUAGUUUUCAGAUAGUGAGGAAUCAAAUUAUUGAAUUAAAUCACUUUUUAAAGUAAAAGCCACAAUGUCCCAUCUUCUUUUUCUUUCAUUUUAAUAAAUGGCAUCAUAAAGAUGACUUGUUGCUAAGUCAGUACUUCUGGAAAUGUCAGCAUAAUGGAGUUUUAAAAUUUUUAAUAUUGGUCAAAGUAGUAGCUUUAUAAUGAAAAAUUGAAUAGGCAAAACGAUUUCCAAUAAGUUGUUUAUCAUUGGUCAGAAUGCUGUUCUGUUGAAUUAUAUUAUGCAGCAUAAACCUUAGGUGUUAUUAGAAAGUGGACAACGGCCUUUCUCAUCUAGGGCUUCUAAGGAAUUGCUGUAAGUGAUCAUUUUUAAAUGUUUGAUAAAUCUUCAUGAUUUUCUAUAUUUCUGUUAAACUCAGCUAGAGGUAAUGCCAGAAUCUCCUACCACAAGUAAAUAUUUGGAUUAUUUAAAUCUAGUGAAAAAAAUAGUUGUUACUUCCUGGGGGGAUUAGGAGAUGGGGAAAGUAGAUAGACACUCACUUUUAAGUUAUUGGAAAUGUGUGCAAUGUUCUCAAUGUUAGCAAGUAUUAGUUGAGGUAAUUUACAUGGUUUGGUUAUUCAGCUUAAAUUUGAACGGUGGCUUAUUUUACACAUGUUGAUGUACACUGUUUCUAAGUGUUUUGUAUGGUUUAAAAAUUCUGCCUUUAAAAGAAAUUCAGAAAAUCCACCUCACAUACAUAUUUUGACCUAAGAAAUUUAUAUUUGUAUCAGUAUUAAAUUUUGGCCAAUGCUCCAAUAUAAGGAAGUUACUGUUUUGGAAUAAAGCAAACUUUUAUUUUCCUUGGA